UCGGCACAGAAAACAGCCGGCCAAAAGUCACGGCACUGCGGUAUCCUGUAAGUCUCGGCGACAGGACAGUGACACCAAAGCUGUCGACAUCCCGAUAGAAACCGACGCAGGGACUGAGGCAAUCCAGCUCACCGUCCGACGCCUACACCGGCUAGCAGGAUGCCCAGCAGAAAAAAAGCAUCCGUCGUCUUGUCUCGGUGCCCCCUCUGAUGUAGCUAGCUAGAGAUGGUGGUGGACGUAGAGCUGGUCUUGCUUGUAUAAGUCGUAGUUCGUAUUAGAAAAGUAUUUUAUGAGAUGGUGUUUGAAAGGGUAACAUUUACGAAUACGUUUGUAUGACACCUCUUUAAUUUUGUGAACAACAGAUGUUAAAAAAAAAAAAAAAAAGAAGUCGCGCGAUUUGGUGACGAGGAACUUAUGCGUCCGAGGGGAAAGUCAGGAACCAACUUCGCUAAACUAGCAGGUAGUUCAAAUACUAAAUACAAGCGUGAGCUAAUGUUUCGAGCCUUGUGCUGGCAAUGGGGGACAUGAAGACCCCAGACUUUGAUGAUCUGCUGGCAGCUUUUGACAUUCCUGACAUUGAUGCCAAAGAGGCCAUUCAAUCAAGUCCAGAGGAGGAACGGGAUGAGGUGGGGACCAAUGCAGAUGAGAGAGAGAGUGAGUCUCCUUCGUGCUUUCCCUGCCCUCCUGCCUCACAUGGUGACCCUCCUGUGGUCAGUGUUAUUGUGAAGAACACAGUGCGGUCUGAGUCUUUUGAAGAGGACGAAAAGUCUGUAAUGGAUAAAACAGACGAUCCCUCAAGCAGUGGCUUAGACGAUCCCUCAAGCAGUGGCUUAAGUGUUCAGGUCAAGGUGGGUGACUUCACCUCACAGCUUGGUCUCAAAAUGCCUGCUGAUGCCCAUGUGGAGCCCCAGAUUUCUAAUGGCUUUGAGGGAUCUGUCCCCAGGGAUCAGGGAGAGUCCAACACGGAGCCAUGGCACCCUCGUUCCCCAUUGAGAUCCACACUGAAGGCUAAUAAGGGUGAAAGCGAUAAAGGAACUGAGGUGGGAUCGGUCCAGCACACAACUGAUGUCAUGAACAGUUUGAAGCCCCCCCUCUACCUCCAAUCUUUGACUAGUGCUGGUCACAACUCCUCAACUCCUCCUUCCCUACACUCAGUCAGCCCUCACCUUUCUCACUCCCCCCAGAAGAAGGAAACUUGUCUCCUCAGUAAUCCAUCACCCUCCCCUUUACCAAAAAACGGGAGUAUUCAGGCUGGAAUUAAGCAUGUUAUGCACUCAGAUGAAGAUGACUCAGAACCAGACUUAGGAAGUCCACUGGUGAUCCAGGAGAGCCCAGAACCUAUAAUGUCCUCCCCUCCCAAAUUUAAACACAGAGCAAAACUACGGUCUGAAGUGCUUGGGUCUCCUGAAACCACUUCCUAUCUUGUUUCUCAUCCUCCUCGUCUGCCUUCUCUGGCACCUGCAAAACCUAAACCCAGAUGUGAGGGGGAGAGGAGACCUACCACCCCCAGUUCUCCCUCCACAGCUCCUCAUCCACAGACCCCCCAGGGCUGCCUCCCCUCUCUCAGUAGGGGCUCUGCAUCGGUCCAAGAGGAGAAAUAUCCAGAGCAUGUGAUCGAUGAAAGGGACUCGCCUGAGAGCCCACCGCCCAGUGAGACAGGUCUUAUUGUCCCCAAGAGAAGCAGCAGCCCUAAUUCUGCCCAAACAGCAGCGAACAUCAAGGAGGUCUGUCCCCAAGAGGAGCUCAUGGAAAGUGAACCCAGAGAAGAGGAAAGGCCAGGUGGCACUGAGGAGCUGAGUGUAAAGGUGUCUGGAGAUGGAGAAAAUUUGAACGAGGAGAGCUGUGGCGCUGCCGCUAAGAAUCCUGGGCCUGCUAGUGCUGCAGAAACGGCUUCAUCUCCAUUGCGUCCUCUCAAAGUUAAAAUCAAAAUGCCUAAAGGCGGCAUCACAAAGACUGUGACUGGUGUUGCAGCUAAAAGAAGUGGGAAAGCUACUACCAAGGGUGUAAAUAGUUCAAAACCUUCACCAGAACUUCAUAACACAAGAUCCAGGAGGGAGUUAUCACAGCAGUCUCAGUUGCCUGCAAUGGCAAUGCUCCAAGUUGCCUGUGCUGCAACGCUGGAAGGUGCCAGUAUGGUCAAAGACAAAACCGCAGUGGACACCAAGCCUAAAGUUUCCCCAACAGCUGUAAGCAUCACCAAAGCAGCAGCCCUGCCCUCUAUCUCUGUGUCCACUCCCAGAGUCAGCCCGGGUGGGAUCAACCCUCGCAGCCUGGGUCAGAAAACUGUGAACAGUGGGAUGGCACUUCCUGCACCUUCACCUCUGCUCACACCUCAAAGUGGCAGCAAACCAGCCUCUAUAGUUAACAGCACUGGGGCAAUCAUAUCCAAGACUCAGACCAACCUGGUAGAAGCUUUCAACAAGAUCCUCAACAACAAGAACCUGCUGCCCUGUUAUAAACCAGAUCUGAGCUCACCGCUUCCUGCAGAGUGGGGCCUUCCUCUACCUGCACAGGGUUACCGCUGUUUGGAGUGCGGUGAUGCCUUUGCCCUCGAGCAGAGCUUGGCGCGGCACUACAAUCGGCGCUCGCUGAGGAUUGAGGUGACCUGUAAUCACUGCGCCAAGCGUUUAGCCUUCUACAACAAGUGCAGCCUGCUUUUACACGCCAGAGAGCACAAGGAGAGAGGCCUGAUCAUGCAGUGUUCCCACCUUGUCAUGAAACCUGUACCUGUGGAGCAGAUGAUUGGCCAGCAGGAACCCACGGCAACUGGACUGUCCUCAUCCUUUUUAGCCCAGGCCACCCCAAACCCAACACCGCAGCCACAUCAAGCAGUAUCCAAGAAGAAGGCUGAGACAGUGCAGUACCUGAGUAAUAAAUGUCCUGAGUGUCAGGUUCAGUUUAGCAGCAAAGACGAGGUGGCCGAGCAUUUCCAAGAAAUCAAACCAGCGCAAACCUCUUCAUGCACAGAGUGUUCCCCGCCCAUGCUCCUGCCCAACAGCUGCAGUGCAGCAGCUCAUCAACGCAUCCACCAAGGCGGCCCACCACACGUCUGCCCGGAGUGUGGGGGCACGGCCAAGCAGCCGCUAUUUCAGACACACCUUGACGAGACCUGUUUACACUUUGCACGCCGCAUUGGAUACAGAUGUUCCAGCUGCCUGGUGGUUUUUGGAGGACUUAACUCAGUGAAGUCUCACAUCCAACAGGCUCAUUGUGAUAUGUUCCACAAAUGCCCUACCUGUCCCAUGGCUUUCAAAUCUACUCCGAGCAUACAGAACCACAUCAGUGCCCAACAUCCAACGCUCACUGAAGGACAGACCAUGUCAAUCUAUAAAUGUGUCAUGUGUGACACAGUUUUUACAAACAAGACCCUGCUGUACAUCCACUUUGACACCCAUUUAACCAACCAGAAGGUGCAUGUGUUUAAAUGCUCUGUGUGCACCAAGUUGUUUUCUCAGAGGAAUUCCCUUCUGGACCAUUUUAAGACCCAUAAGGCUGCCACAUUAAAACAAGAGUUGCCUUCAGCUCCAGCUGCUGCCUCUCGUUCACGGCCUUCAGUGAAGCUGGAGAGCUCAGAUGGAGAGGAAGAAGAGACGGUGAAGACGGAGAGGAUGAAGACCCCCUCAGUGUGGAAGUGUGCGCCUUGCCACGCACGCUACACAGACCGGGAAGACUACAUUACCCAUAUGGCUGAACAACAUAGCAAGAAACUGAAGAAGUUUCCUUGUAACAAGUGUGAGAGCUCCUUCACCACCACCUCCAGUAUGAGACGUCACAGCAGAGACAAACACAAAGUCAUGAAUCGUUGCUUUCGCUGCCAUGAGGGAAAGAAAACAUUCAGCAGCAGAGCGAUGUUGGAGAGGCAUAUUCAGCUAAGACACAGCAUGGACCCACUGAGCCAGGACACACUAAUGUCACAGGGAGGCGGAGAUGAGGCCGACAGUUCCUCAGAACAGGACGGCAGUUCUGGGGCUCGCCGGAGACGGAGAGGGGCUGUGAAGAUGGAGCAGGACGAAGAGUCCACAGAUGGAGUGGGUCCAGUGAAGAAGUUGCGGUCGUCCUCUACUGCUCCUGCCACCUACUCCCUCCCUGAGUCUGGGUACCGCUGUGCGCCUUGCGGCUUCACCACAGAGGACCAGGCAACGUUCCUGGAUCAUAUCGGCCAGCACCGGCGAGGAGGGACGGAGGGCGGCGGCGGUGGUCAACAGUGUCUACAAUGUGGCGCCUGUUUCACAUCCAAAUCCUCCCUGUCACGCCAUCGCUUCAUCACCCACAAAGUCAAAGCUGCAUCCACUGACAAUCAGCAAUCCCUCAGCGUGCACCCAGCACCUUCCCCUGGUAACAGCAGGAACCAUGACGAUAAGAGUUCUCUGGAUGGUUCUGCACCAGCAUCGCCCUCCUCUCAGUCCUCCAUAGCUCAGGGGAGGGAAGAGGAGGGCACACUUGGAUGUAGGGUGUGCGGCAAACAAUUUGAAAAGGCAACAGAUCUGACUACGCACUUCAGAACUCACGGUAUGGCUUUUAUCAACGCAAGGAACGCCGGAAAAACUCCCUAAGACUCCAAAUAUGUGGGGAAGAGCCGAGGUGAUGACAGAAUAUUUGCAAGUGCCUUUUUUUUUACCCGUCGCCAUGUCAUCAAAGUGUGGGUUAGCACGCCUAUGCACUAAUUUCACCAAAGGAUAGUGGUAGAACAGAGUUUGCAUGUGAAUAGGUUGUGAAACAAUCAAAUGUGAUUUUCACUGGUGGAGAUACGAUUAACUCAGGAUCUAAUGCUGCAUUUCUGUGUUCAGUAAUGUUACUAACAAGAUGAGAGCUAGUUCCCAGUCAGUGAGUAGUUCCAUCGACACAAUGUGCCUGUACAGAAUGUAGAGAACUGUGAUCCUACUGUGAUUAUGAUGGUUGUUUCAUUGAAUGUCUAUAGACAGCGAUGGAAUGUCUAUUUUGAUUUUGAUAUUAUCUUCCUACUGAAGAUGAUUCAAUGGUAGUUCUCUGUAAGUCCUUUUAUUUAAAUUUUUUUUUUUUAAUAAGCAUUGCAGAGGUUUAGAAUAUUAUAACUGAGUUACGUUGUGUAUAGUUUAUUGUCAGCCAUUGAUUCCCACCUAUAAAUGCAGCCAUUGGCUUCUGUACAUUUUAGUAUAGCGAGUCUUGCUUAAAAGAAGUAACCUAUCUUUUUGCGUUUUCACGUACAGCGUAUCCUUCUGAGCUGCAAUAGCAGGAUAUUAACACAAAAAUACUUAACUUUGGAAGAUACCUACUUUAAUUUAAAACUCUGACUACUGAAAUUUAAAGUUUGGAAUAUAUUUUUGCACAGAAUGAAGACAGUGGAUUUUGUCCCCCAUCAUACAUUAGGCCAGUAUGGAGAGGAGAGAUAAUUACAGUCUAUGCACAUAGGGGUGUGUCAGUAAAAUGCCCUGCGUCCCUGCAUGUUUAUAUGAAUGUGGACCAAUGAGGAUUACAAUCAAAAAACUUAAACAAUGCUUUUGGAAAUGGUCAGCAAUAAUCUGAAGUGUACACAAUUUGCAGUCAAUGGGGUAAAAUGGAAAUGAAUGUUUUAAAUACCUUUUUUUUAAGUGGAAUGUACUGUAUUUACAUUAGAAUACCUGAUUUAUUCCUUCUCUAUAAGCAAGAGAUGGAAGUAAAAUAAUGUAUUUUGGUUUAUGGGAUGUUUGUAUUAACCUUGUGUUCCGAAAUGACUGUAAACAAAAGAUCAGUAUGUGGUUGUCUAUUCUUAUGCUUUCCUAAGAUAAGAACACCCUGUAUUUUUAGAUCAUUGUUCUGUAUAAAAUUGUUGAUGAUAUGAAAAGGUCUGAGAGGGGAAGAUUCGGUAGAGAUACCGUGAAGAUGUAGAGUGAUAUGUUUUAGUGUGUUAACCUUUUGUGCUGCUCAUGCCAUGUCUGGCUGAAAUAUCUCCGACCACAGGAUCCAUAGACUUAGCUUAUUACCCAUGCAUCUGCAUCACUGAGUAUUUUUUAUUUUAUUUUUUUAAAGAACUAUCCCUUUAAUGUGCUGUAGUCAUUAGUGACCUGGGUGUGCUUGUGUUUACUUUCUCAGGAGAUUUUCCAAUGCUUUCAUACAAUAAAAAUUAACACACAUUGUUCGAUUUAACUUUUUCUGUUUUUGCAUUGACAAAGCAAUUUCUAACCAAAUGUUUAUAUAUAAAAAAAUGAUUAAUAAAAACUGGCACAUUGA